GCAUCGAGACUACAUCGAAAAUCUCGUUAGUUUUAUUCUUAAUGUUCGGUAUAGAAAGAACUGGCGCUUGCGAAGCAUUUUACAUUCCGAGUGCGUAGUUGCUAAAUCGCGACCUAUUUUUCGUGGUUGUUUACCUUUAUGAACAUGGAAACCCGUCGGCGUGUUGAUACCGGCACUCCUCCGGACAGAGCAGCGCAAGGAUCAAGCCUGAUGUCCGUAUGGUCGACCAGCACCGGACGAAAUUCAUUGUUUGGCGCGGAGAGCAGCGGAGCGGUGCUCCCCUCUUCGCAUUUGCCGACCCACGUACACGUGGUGCACGAACACCUGCGCAACGCUGACGGCCACUGCUUUCACAAACCGUUCCACGAUCACUGUCAGCAUCCAUUGGUUUUUUCCUACUACUGCGGGACUUUUGGCAAGUUCUCCCAUUGGCACCGACGUUGCCAUCGAUUUCUGUCGACGAUGUCGCAAGCGGGGGAUGGCCUUCACACACCGGGCUACUUGUCCUGGAGAAAACUGCAGCUGAGCCGCGCGAAGCUCAAGGCGUCCAGUAAAACAUCAGCCCUGCUAUCCGGUUUCGCUAUGGUCGCCAUGGUAGAGGUGCAGCUGAAUCCCGAAACGCACGUUCCACCGGAGAUGCUGAUCGCCUUCGCCGUAUGCACGACCUUGCUCGUAGCCGUGCACAUGUUGGCGCUGAUGAUAUCCACUUGUAUACUGCCGAAUAUCGAAGCCGUAUGCAAUCUCCAUAGCAUAAGCCUUGUGCAUGAGUCGCCACACGAGCGUCUACAUUGGUACAUCGAAGUCGCGUGGGCCUUCUCCACGCUGCUGGGCCUUCUUCUAUUCCUACUGGAGAUCGCGAUACUCUGCUGGGUGAAGUUCUAUGACUUUUCACAGGUCGCUGCUUGGUCGGCCUGCAUAGUGUUGAUACCAGUGCUGAUAAUCUUUCUUGCGUUCGCGAUACAUUUCUAUCGGAGUCUCGUUGCACACAAGUACGAAGUUACGGUAUCCGGUAUACGAGAACUCGAGUUACUCAAGGAACAGAUCGAGUCUACAGAUGUGGAGGGCAGAAAUGGCGUGAAUCUUUUGCAGACCGGAGUAACGCAUAUCGUAUGAAUCGGUCUUUGCAAUUUUUCUUGCCGCCGAAAUUGGACUCGCGAAUUGAACGCGACAAAAAGAAUUUCCGUUCCGCGGAACACGGCGAGAAAGAAAGAUAGAGACAGAGAGGCAGAGAUCUUUUUCAAGACAACGUGCUGCGACGAGCGCUUGCGAUGUUUCUCGGAGGAUUUUGCUAGGAAAGUCUUUCGAACGUGAACCAUUCGAAGAACAUGACAGACAAUCGUUUUCUUCACACACAUCGGCACACACGCGCUACAGAUGUUGCGAAGAUUCGGUCAACAGAUAAGGAUCUUCCUCUUCUUUUUUUUUAUACGCGUGUUUCUCUGUGAUGUAAAUUAGUAUAAGCGUGAUGAGACUCCGCUCAUCUGCACGAUGCGCGCGUUACAAAAGCAUCGUGUCGACUUCAGGAAGGGGAUACGAAAUUCGAUAACAUCGUUGUAUAUGUAGGCACAAAAUACAUUCCUUUAUUCGCGUUGCGACUUAAAACGUAGAAAGAGUAGUAUACUUUGACUAUUACCAGAUCCUUCUGCGUGUUAUCGCCGUACAGCGUAAAAAGCGAUAAUAUAAUAGCCUGAAUUAUCGAGAGGUGACAUGACUGGCUAUGUACUCGAAUGUACUUAUCUUUCGAAAAAAUGUGCUUAUUCGAGAAACGCGAUCGAUUUUAUAUUUAUUAAGUGUUGUGACGUUAUACUAGGCAGGUAUAACAUUAUAUCUGACACACAUUAUUUCUGCCAUCUCCGACAAACGAAAGUCGAUAUUUUUUCUUAAAUAGAUAGCUGUUUUGCUUAUCAUUUUUUUAGCGCGUCAAGUACAUUACUCUCAAGUAAGUACAUUGUAUUCAAGUAUUUUGACUGCCGUAAAAAUAAGGAACGAAAUAUCAAAAAACGGCGACUCGGAUGUGGGUACACGAUAUCACUCGAGAUAUUACAUUUCGACGAUGAAUGAAAGUCGAAAACGUUCAUACAGCACAGAUCAUUCCAGCAACAUUGUAACAACGUUGUAUACGUUCAAGUAAUAUUGUAGUAACAUUGCAAACGUCCCAGCAAUAUUGCUGAAAGCUUCUGUGCUGUACGAACAUAUAUACAAGGUAUUCUAUCUAACGAUGAUCACUCUUUAUCUUUGGAGGGUUCUUCUUUGAGUUCCCCUAUUUUGACUUUCCAGCUCACUAUAUAGGGCCACAAUAUCAUGCGAUGAUAAUAGUGUUAAUCCUUCUCAGGGACACACUUAGUAUGUAUCACAAAUUUUGUCUCGAAUUAGCUUAAAGUAGUAAAGCUUCGAGAUGAAGCUCGUCAGAACGCUACGGCCUUAAGCCUUUUUCAGGUUGUUAAUUAUUCCUGCUUAAGCAGGUUAUUCACAUCAGAUACGGCAAUAUUGCCCCUUAAUUAGCAACUAGAUAGAACGGUGAUAUCCAGAAAACCGCGUUUAUAAAGUACGUGUGGAAUUGAAUCCGUAUCUUCAAAUCGCAAUUCGACCAUCCUGGGCCUGAAGCCAUACGUGCCACCAUCUUUGUAGGAUAAGAUUGAAUCCAAAAAUAUUCAGAUAAAAGUAUGGUCUGGAGGGGGAUUUGUGCUUACCCUGCAAAGAUGAAAGAGAUACGUUGAGUGGGACAUCAUGUAUAUGUCCAAUUAUUUGUAUAUAUCAUUUUGGCGCGUGAAAUGCGCUGAUUGCUAAAAUAAAAAUUAAAAAAUGAAAAUCUCUUUAUUAAUUCUCUCUAUCAAAAUAAAAAAAUCGUACGUAUAAAACAUGCACGCAUUAUAUUUUCGCGCGUAGUUUACCGCGAACUCGAGAAAGGCCAGUGAAACGUGAAACAUUAUGUUCAAAUUGAUCUGAGAAGA